UCUUAUUUCUUAUAUAAAUAAAAUAAAUAAACAGGGAUUUGAAAUCCAAAGGAAGACGAUGACUUCAAUUUUCAGGCGAGGCGCUUGAUAUUAUCCCAAAACCCCAAUUAUUACCUUUCAUGUUCGUCAGAAUUCAGCGGACUCAGAAUCUGUCAAUCUGCUACUGUGUGAAAGGAAGAAGAAAGGAGAAUGCCGAAGAGGACAACACAUACAUACUCAAGUGAAGAUGCAGCGCCGGAGGGUCCUCACUCCGAUCUCUUUGUUUAUUACUGCAAGCACUGUGGUUCUCACGUCCUCAUAACUGAUACUCAGUUACAGAAAAUGCCCAAAAGGAAGACCGAUAAAGCCUACGUUUUAGACAAGAACAAACAUCUUGCUAGAUUCAACAUUCAUGAAGCCGGAAAAGUUAUCUUGAAACGAGGCGAAGGCAAACUCGAGAAACAAUUCCGCAUGAAUUGUAUUGGUUGUGGUCUCUUUGUUUGUUACCGUGCAGAACAAGAUUUAGAACUUUCAUCUUUUGUGUAUGUUGUUGAUGGAGCACUCAGUACUGUAGCUGCUGAAACCAACCCACAGGAUGCACCAGUUCCACCGUGUAUCUCCCAGCUUGAAGGAGGACUUGUUCAGGUUGCGAUAGAAGUGGAAGAUCGAGCACAAAGAUCUGCAAUCACAAGAGUGAAUGCGGAUGAUGUUCGAGUCACUGUAGCUGCUCCUGCUGCCCGUGGAGAAGCAAACAACGAACUAUUGGAAUUUAUGGGAAAAGUUUUGGGUUUGAGAUUGAGUCAGAUGACUCUUCAGAGAGGAUGGAAUAACAAGUCAAAGCUACUUGUGGUGGAGGAUUUGACUGCUAGACAAGUUUAUGAGAAACUUUUGGAGGCUGUGCAACCUUGACCUUUUCUCUUCUUUCUUUGUUUUUAAUGUAGCAAAACUGACUCUGGUGUUGUAAUUUUCUUUUUGUCCAACAUACAAGGUCAUUGUGGCCAAUUGCUUGUACGCAAAUACGUCUUGUUAAUUUCUAACCCAAUGCAUUCAGUUCCAAAGAAAA